AUGCCGAAGGCAGACGAUCCGUUCUACAACCGGAAGCCAGUCCCUGAUGAGUUUAUCCGCGAUGUCGGCCUCACCGGUCUUUCGAAGGAAGAGGAAUACGACAACCGCGAGCGCAAGAUGUCUGUCGAUGGAGUAGACAUUCGCAAAUUCGGCAAGAAGUCGAGUUCUGGCUGGCACCCAUCGGAUGAUCCGUACUAUGGACGCAAGUCGGUCGACAAGCACCAUCUCGAAGGCGUCGGCGACACCGGAUUGAGCGCAGAAGAAGAAUACGACAAUCGCGAGCGCAAAAUGUCUGUCAACGGUGUAGACAUUCGAAAAUUUGGCAAGAGCGCAAGCUCCGGGUUCCACCCAUCAGAUGAUCCGUACUACAGUCGGAAGUCGGUGGCUGGUGUGCACACCGCCGGUGUUGGCGAGACUUACAACACGCCUGCGGAAGAUUUCGCUGUUCGUGAGCGGAAGAUGAGUGCUGUCAACUUCAGCAGUGAUCCCUUCCAGCUUGUCUCUGGGCGUGGAAACCGACAAUCUGUGUCCGAUCAGGGCGGUGCGGCAGCUGUAGCAAGCGCAGCGACCGAGCGUCGCCGAUCAUCUGCAAUCGAUCCAGCAGCUACCAAAGCCGCACAAGGAGCUCACUCUGGCUAUGCGGGAGGAAACGGCCUGGCCCCGAUCCAGAGUCGUAUGGCGGAUGAGGACGAGAUCACAAGCAGCAGUGUCGCUGGUGGCAGCAGUACGAGCGGAGCUGGGGCAAAUGGUAGUCAUGGUCACGGUCACACAAAUUUCUACGACGAGGUCACCAAGUCCACCAGCCAUACCAGUGGUCGCAAUGGUGCUGUUGACCACGAGGCCGAUGGCGUCGCUCCUGACCAGAAAGUCUGA